AUGCGUAUUUGUGGUCGUCGAUGGCUUGAUGAUCGUCCAUAUGUUCAUGUACAAGAUGAAUUCCAAAGAUACUACAAUGACAGUUAUGAUAAACAAUCGAAUCAUGACAGUUGGUCUCUACAAGUUGCAAUGGUCGUAGUUGAACAAUCAUUUAUAAAUAAAGCCCCCAGGAAAGGACGUUUUAAUAGUGGCCUUGAUCCACAAUUAUUCGAGGACCAAUCAGAAAAAUUAGUUCAACGGAAAGACGAACGGGCAACAUAUGCUGCAAUGGAUGUUCUUGCUGUACAACGUUUAUUAAAAUUAACGAACAUCAGCGCACAAUGUCAACGUGCUGCAUCAACAAAUACACAGCCGCAAACCUCGAACGUCACUGAAUCAACACUAUCACUUAUGCAACCGUCUCCAGCAACCGUAUUACUAAUAUCGUCAACAAUUCUCCAAUCUACAAUAGAUCAAUAUGAAAAUAUUUCCGAUGAAGAGGAACAAAAACGACCUCUGACAACGAUAUAUGAAGAUCUUUCAGGAGACGCUGACAUUGCAUUACCGUCACCACAACCGCAAUUUUACAACGAAAUUUCAGCACUACGAUUAGAAACACCUCCACAAACCAUCAAUACCGAAACUCAAGAAAGUCUGAUUAUAAUGGCACCAGAUGAAGAUUCACUGUUAGAACCAGUUUUGUCCUCACGACCACAAGUUGCUAAAAUAUCAUCUCGGCCCUCUUCACCUCUAUCUCCUUGUUCGCCAUUAUCAGAAAAUCAGCAGUUACCAUCACACGGUAAAUUAAAAUCUAAACCUAAAUUGACUGAUGAACAACGACGUCAAAAAAAUAAAAGAAUGACACAAAAACAACGUAAACGACAGAGGAAAAACGAAAUAGUGUUAAACAACCUUGAUUAUCGAUUUUCAUUUCAUCAUAUUAAAGAACUCUUAGACACUGCAAAUGUCCCUUACGCUAAUCUAAAUACAGCACAUCGUAAUAAAAAUCGACAUCUUUUUAUCGCACUUCACGACGAUACGCAACGACAGAAGUAUUCGAAACUGUUAACCAAAUACUGGUUCUCUCGUCAACAUUGGGAAGAUUUACAUCCACCUCCCACACACAGUCAUAGUUCAACAUUCACAACAAUCGAUUAUUCACGGUAUCACAGACAUCGAUAA